CUGAAAUAUCCCGCGUCAUACAGCGGGUCUUGUGUAUGUGCGUUCAACGUUCUUGUAUUACCGUUUAUAAUAUUUGUUAUAAUGAGGGGUGUUGCUUCUCUGCUAAGAAGAACUUUUGCUGUGAUGAAAGAACAUGUCGGAACAGACCAUUUAGGAAAUAAAUACUACUACAUACCCGAGCAGAAGACAUGGACAGGCCGGGUUGUAAGAGCACGGCGGUUUGUGGAGGCGUCCAAUCAAACAGAAUUCGAGUACCUCGAAGGAAGCAUUCCCUCCGAAUGGGACGCUUGGAUUAGAGGACGACGCAAGGAUCCUCCUACUAUCGAGGAGUUGCUGAAGAAUGAACGUUACAGGGAGGAAAUCAAAAUCAAAGCACAGGAGGCUGAAGAGAAGGACCAAGAACUGCAAGCCAAAGCGUACACAGAGGGACUUAUCGCACGGUCGAUGCAGACUCAGGUCAAAGGUCACGCUGCUGCAACACAGUUUGGACAGUCAGAAAACAGUGAGGAUCCUGUGAGCACUGCGAACACAUUUCAGCCCGGAUCCUGGGCUCCUCCAAAAAAAUGAAACUGCCUGUAUGCUCGUUGGUACUAUACUUGGUCCUGGACGUUAAAAUACACUUGUGAAAGAGUGAAGCAUGAAAGUAAAUGUAAUGCCAAGAUGCUGCAGGUUAGAUCUUCACUGAAUGUGGUUUCAGUGGCUUUUUCUAGUUUUUGUAAAGAUUGAAAUAAAUUAUAAUAAAAAAGCCAAACUGAAUCAA